AUGAUGACAGAUUUUACAGGCGAGCAGACGUGGCUGCAAAUACAGCAUGAAUUAGGCUUGAGGAAAUUAAUAGAGGGUUCAGAGUAUCAAGAAGAACUGAAGUAUGACUUCAAUAUAAAAGGGGAACUGAGGCAUCUGGAUACAAAUGAGCCCUUUGUUUUCAAUCAUUACAAGAAUGCACCUGAGCAGAACCAUAAACGCUAUCAAGUUUUAGGACAUUUGAUUACCCAGUAUGUUUACAGCCUCCUGGAAAGAGUCUGCAUGCUGCAGAAAGUUUAUAUUCCUACUGAUGCUAAAGAGGAUGAACCAAGAAGUUUUUUUUUCAUGAGCAAGAAUGCACUAACAAGUUCCUCCAGCCUAACUGUCCUCCUUCAAGACCGUGGAGUUUUCUGCGCGGGACAGUGGGGGCACAGGAUAAUUGUCAAUGAGGGGCUGUUGCAUGGAACACAAAUACCAUUCAUCCAAACAGCCCUUCAAAGCCACCAGGGAGUGAUUGUACUGAAUCCUAAUGACACUUUCAUCCAUCUGAAGGCUGAAAAGGAGAGGUUAAGCUUCCCUGCCAGGGAGGCAGCGACUUCUACGCGUUCAGCCUGGUGGAUGCCCGAGAGGGGCCGCGGCAGCCCUGAGGAACACACCAUGUACGUGUGGGAGCAUUUCAUUUCAAAGAGUGCAGCUGAGAACGUGGCCUUCAUUGCCCACGGCUACGGUGGCUUGGUGUUCGUGGAUCUGCUGGUGCAGAGAACACAGGAGGUGAUGAGCAAAGUGUACGCCGCGGCGCUCAUCGACUCCGCGCACAACGCGCAGCACCAGGCCAGGGGGCAGCCAGAGAUCCAGCAGUGGGUGCAGAAACACUGCCGGCAGUGGGUGGCGAGCAGCAAGCCUCUGGAUAAAGCUGUAGGCUCUCUUGUGAGGAUGAACUGCCCUACUGUCUCUGCUGGAACAGAAAAGUAUGGCUUAGCACCCUCCUGCUGCUUGCAGUCCAUCUUCAAGUACCUGAAGAGCACGCUGAGAGCCAAGACCACAACAGCCUUUAGGAAUUCACCUGUCGCAACCAGGAGCAGCACAAGUAAGAAGAGAGGCAUUAAAUAA